GAGAAAUUCCUGUCUGUAGAUAAGGUUUAACCUUCCAGGAAGAUCAUAAGGUUGAUCCUGGCAGUUGAUAACAUCGUUUAAUCGGAUUUCAACCCCUCACAACAGAGCUUUUAUUUAUUUUUAUUUAGUGAACUUUUUUAUUACUAACGUCGAAAUGUCUGUCAAAAGUUUAAGCAUGAUGAAAAAAAUUUUAAUCGCGAACAGGGGUGAAAUAGCGUGCAGGGUGAUGAGGACCGCUAAAAGGCUUGGGAUUCGAACUGUGGCCGUUUUCAGCGAUGCCGAUGUCGAUUCUCUUCAUGUCAAAAUGGCAGAUGAAGCAUUUUACAUCGGUCCACCUCAGGCACAGGAAAGCUAUCUGAGAGGGGACAAAAUCAUAGAUGUUGCUAAACAAGCAAAUGCCCUUGGAAUUCACCCAGGAUAUGGGUUUUUAUCUGAAAAUGUCGAAUUUGCUGAACUAUGUCAAAAAGAAGGUAUUAUAUUCAUAGGACCCCCCUCUUCAGCUAUUAGAGAUAUGGGUAUCAAAAGCACUUCUAAAUCUAUUAUGGAGGCUGCGGGAGUUGCCACUGUCCCAGGGUAUCAUGGAGAUAAUCAGGAUAUACACUUCCUUGAAGAGAAAGCAAAUGAAAUAGGGUUUCCUGUCAUGAUAAAAGCUGUGAGAGGAGGAGGAGGAAAGGGGAUGAGAAUAGCACACACAAAAGAAGAUUUUCAAGCUGCUUUGGAAUCUGCCAAAAGAGAAUCUCUGAGGGCGUUUAAUGAUGAUAAUGUCCUACUUGAAAAAUAUAUUGGCAGGCCUAGGCAUGUGGAGGUUCAAGUUUUUGGAGACAAACACGGGAAUUAUGUACACCUUUUUGAAAGAGAUUGUAGUGUACAAAGAAGACAUCAGAAAGUCAUAGAACAAGCUCCUGCACCGGGUGUUGACAACAAAUUAAGACUGGAACUUGGAGAAGCUGGUGUCCGAGCUGCAAGAGCUGUAAAUUAUGUUGGAGCAGGAACUGUUGAAUUUAUUUUUGACACAAAUGAAAAUAAAUUUUACUUUAUGGAGAUGAAUACUAGAUUGCAGGUAGAGCACCCAAUCACUGAAAUGAUAACAGGUGUUGAUCUGGUUGAAUGGCAGCUGAGAGUGGCAAGCGGUGAAAAAAUUCCUCUCAGGCAAGAAGAAAUCACAUUAAAAGGCAGUUCAGUGGAAGCUAGGAUUUAUGCUGAAGACAUCCUUGGCGGUUUUCUACCUACUGCAGGACACCUCGACCUUAUGUCGACCCCUUCUGGGGAAAAUAUUCGGGUUGAAACUGGUGUUACCUCAGGAGACGACGUAUCUGUUCAUUAUGAUCCAAUGAUAGCUAAAUUAGUCGUGUGGUCACCUCAAGAAGAAACGUCACUUUCUAAAAUGGUGUCAGCACUGGGUGAAUUCAAUAUUGUCGGGGUAGAAAAUAACGUUGAUUUUUUACGGAGGCUUUGCCUUCAUAAUGACCUAAUCAAAGGAAAUGUCCAUACUGGCUUUAUAGAUGAACAUAAAAACAGCCUUAUGCCCACUCCCCCGAAUGAUAUAGUUGUCAUUAAGGCAGCUUUGAGUGUUAUUCUAAGAGAAAUAGCAAGAACAAAAGAAAUGGCUUUUAAGUCAGUGGAUAAAUUCAAUCCCUUUUCUCUUGAAGGUCCCUUUAGACUUAACCAUGAACAUACACGUGUUGUGAAAUUGCUAUAUCAAGAAAAAGAGUAUAAUGUUGUUAUUAAGUCUGAUAUUAAUUCUGAGUGGAUGAAAGCAAAAGUAAACGAUAGUCCUGAAGUUAAAGUUAAGGGCAAGAUUGAAACAAAAGAUGGUUUUUCAUAUGUUACAUUUUGGACUCCUCAGGAUGUCUCUUCUAUGAAGAUAGGACACAGCAAAGAUGAUUUAUUUCUAUUUUGCAAGGAUGGCAAUUUUAAAAUUGGAAUGAAGUCAGAAGAUUUAGGUGGAGGGGAUUUUUCUCAAAGCGAAGGCUCACUCUCACAGGCUGUUUCACCAAUGCCGGGCGUUGUUGAAAAGAUAAUUGUUAAAAAUGGAGACACUGUAAAGAAAGGGGAUCCUGUUGCUGUUGUAAUCGCUAUGAAAAUGGAACAUGUAAUCAAAGCUGAGAUGGACGGAACAGUGGAGUCAGUCCUAUUUCAAGCUGGUCAAAACGUUGGGAAAAACAUGCCAAUUGUUAAAUUUGCCGCUAAAGAAUAAAUUACAUGUCUUACGAAGUUUAUGACAAGUACUAAUUAGUGCCAAAAUCAAUACCAGUGAGAGUAUUUAAAAAAAAUACUUUCAAUCAUUGUUUUAAAAAAAUUGUUAUUUUAUUAGACACUUUUAAAUGUUAUAU